AAGUGUCCGCAGGAGAGGGAGGUGGGGAUACCAAAGUGCUCACUUUCAGAGACAAUCUAAUUCCGUCUGCGCAAUUUAACCCCAGGAAAGCAGCCUCCCCUUAAGGGCCAAGGAGUCCCGGCCCUUGAAAGUGCCCUCCCUGCCCUGACUGAGGGAGAGGGAAGGGGUGUGAAGGCGGGGCCACUGGACGGGCGACACCCUCCCGAAGGUCCAGCCGUCGUCGGCCUUCCUGCCACCUUAGGGAGCGCGAUCGCCCUCUCAAUGGAAGGCAGAUGUCCCUUUAAGGUUUGCUUUGCAGCCCGUGGACUUUAGCCUAAACACGAGCCCGCGAAGCUGGCUUUAUUUGUCCAUGUCUCGGACACAGCCUGGGAGGCUGCCAGGAGGAUUUCAGAGAACGAGCGCGCGAAGGGGCGGGAGAUGGGGCAGUAAGUCUGGGAUAUGAAAAGCGUGGAGAGGACCUAGAGGCAGUCGUCGAAAACACAGGAAAUUCACUCUUCGGCUUCUGGGCGCCGCGACCGACCGGGCCGGAGACUGAGACCUAAGGCGGCAGAGUGGCCCAGAACGCGCCGCUCCGUGCUGCGUCCUGCCGCGUGUUGCCCUCGGAUCCAGCGCGUCCUCCGGGCUCUGCGGGCUCCCGGGUCAUGGCCCCCCGACGCCAAGCCAGCCCAGGGGUCGCUGUCGCCUGCUGCUGGCUCCUCACCGUUGUUCUAGGCUUCUGUGUAUCAUUCAAUGUGGAUGUGAAAAAUUCAAUGACUUUCAGCGGCCCCGUAGAGGACAUGUUUGGAUAUACUGUUCAACAAUAUGAAAAUGAAGAAGGAAAAUGGGUGCUUAUUGGUUCUCCUUUAGUUGGUCAACCCAAGAACAGAACUGGAGAUGUCUAUAAGUGUCCAGUUGGGAGAGGCAAACCCUUACCUUGCAUAAAGUUGGAUCUACCAGUUAAUACAUCAAUUCCCAAUGUCACAGAAGUAAAGGAGAACAUGACAUUUGGAUCAACUUUAGUCACCAACCCAAACGGAGGGUUUCUGGCAUGUGGCCCUUUAUAUGCCUAUAGAUGUGGACAUUUGCAUUACACAACUGGAAUCUGUUCCGAUGUCAGCCCCACAUUUCAAGUCAUGAACUCCAUCGCUCCCGUACGAGAAUGCAGCACCCAACUGGACAUAGUCAUAGUGCUGGACGGCUCCAACAGUAUUUACCCCUGGGAGAGUGUUACAGCUUUUUUAAAUGACCUUCUUGAAAGAAUGGAUAUUGGUCCUAAACAGACACAGGUUGGAAUUGUACAGUAUGGAGAAAAUGUAACCCAUGAGUUCAACCUCAAUAAGUACUCCUCAACGGAAGAGGUACUUAUUGCAGCAAAUAAAAUAAUCCAGAGAGGUGGCCGCCAGACUAUGACAGCCCUUGGAAUAGACACAGCCAGGAAGGAGGCUUUCACUGAAGCUCGGGGUGCCAGAAGAGGAGUUAAAAAAGUCAUGGUAAUUGUGACCGAUGGGGAGUCCCAUGACAACCAUCAACUAAAUAAGGUCAUCCAAGACUGUGAGGAUGAAAACAUUCAGCGGUUUUCCAUAGCUAUUCUUGGGAGCUAUAACAGAGGAAAUUUAAGCACUGAAAAAUUUGUGGAAGAAAUCAAAUCAAUUGCAAGUGAACCCACCGAGAAGCAUUUCUUCAACGUCUCUGAUGAAUUGGCCCUAGUUACCAUUGUGGAAGCUCUGGGAGAAAGAAUAUUUGCCUUGGAAGCUACAGCUGACCAGUCAGCAGCUUCAUUUGAAAUGGAAAUGUCUCAGACUGGCUUCAGUGCUCAUUAUUCACAGGACUGGGUCAUGCUUGGAGCAGUAGGAGCCUAUGACUGGAAUGGAACAGUCGUCAUGCAGAAAGCUAAUCAAAUCAUAAUCCCCCAAAAUACGACCUUUAACGUUGAGUCUACCAAAAAGAAUGAGCCUCUUGCUUCUUAUUUAGGUUACACAGUGAGCUCCGCAACUGUUUCUGGAGAUGUGCUGUACAUUGCCGGACAGCCAAGGUACAAUCAUACGGGCCAGGUUGUCAUCUACAGGAUGGAAAAUGGAGACAUCAAGAUUCUCCAGACACUCAGUGGAGAACAGAUUGGUUCCUACUUCGGCAGUGUUUUAACGACAGUUGACAUUGAUAAAGAUUCUAAUACCGACAUUCUUCUGGUUGGAGCUCCCAUGUACAUGGGAACAGAGAAAGAGGAACAAGGGAAAGUAUAUGUGUACGCUCUGAAUCAGACAAGGUUUGAAUAUCAAAUGAGCCUGGAGCCCAUUAGGCAGACUUGCUGCUCAUCUCUGAAGCACAAUUCAUGCACAAAAGAAAACAAAAAUGAGCCAUGCGGGGCUCGUUUUGGAACAGCUGUCGUUGCAGUGAGAGACCUCAAUCUUGAUGGGUUUGAUGACAUUGUGAUAGGAGCACCCCUGGAAGAUGAUCAUGGGGGAGCCGUGUACAUUUAUCACGGGAGUGGCAAAACUAUCAGGAAGGAGUACGCACAACGUAUUCCAUCAGGUGGAGACGGCAAGACACUAAAAUUUUUUGGCCAGUCUAUCCAUGGAGAAAUGGAUUUAAAUGGCGAUGGUCUGACUGAUGUGACUAUUGGGGGCCUUGGUGGUGCUGCCCUCUUCUGGUCCCGAGAUGUGGCUGUAGUUAAAGUGACCAUGAAUUUUGAACCCAAUAAAGUGAAUAUCCAAAAGAAAAACUGCCGUGUGGAAGGAAAGGAAACAGUAUGCAUAAAUGCUACCGUGUGUUUCGAUGUGAAAUUAAAGUCCAAAGAAGACACAAUUUUUGUAGCUGAUAUGCAGUACCGCGUCACACUAGAUUCACUAAGACAAAUAUCACGAAGUUUUUUCUCUGGAACUCAAGAAAGAAAGAUUCAAAGAAACAUCACAGUUGAAGAAUCAGAGUGCACUAAGCUGUCCUUCUACAUGUUGGACAAGCAUGACUUUCGGGACUCUGUAAGGAUAACUUUGGAUUUUAAUCUGACUGAUCCAGAAAAUGGGCCUGUUCUUGAUGAUUCCCUACCAAAUUCAGUACAUGAAUAUAUUCCUUUCGCCAAAGACUGUGGAAACAAGGAUAAAUGUAUCUCGGACCUCGCCCUGAAAGUAUCCACCACAGAAAAGGACCUGCUUGUUGUCAGGUCUCAUAACGAUAAGUUCAAUGUUAGUCUCACAGUCAAAAAUAAAAAGGACAGUGCCUAUAACACCAGAACCAUAGUGCACUAUUCUCCAAAUCUAAUUUUUUCAGGAAUUGAGGCUAUCCAAAAAGACAGUUGUGAAUCCAAUCAUAAUCUCACAUGUAAGGUUGGAUAUCCUUUCCUGAGAAGAGGAGAAGAGGUUACUUUCAAAAUAUUAUUUCAGUUUAACACAUCUUAUCUCAUGGAAAAUGUGAUCACUCACUUAAGUGCAACAAGUGACAGCGAAGAACCUCCUGAAGCCCUUUCUGAUAAUGAAGUAAACAUUUCUAUCCCGGUAAAAUAUGAAGUUGGACUUCAGUUUUACAGCUCUGCAAGUGAAUACCAUAUUUCAAUUGCGGCCAAUGAGACUGUCCCUGAAGUUAUUAAUUCUACUGAGGACAUUGGAGAUGAAAUUAAUAUCUUCUAUUUGAUUAGAAAAAGUGGACAUUUUCCAAUGCCAGAACUUAAGCUGUCAAUUUCAUUUCCCAACUUGACAUCAGAUGGUUAUCCUGUGCUAUACCCAAGUGGAUGGUCGUCUUCUAAUAAUGCGAACUGCAGACCCAGUAGCCUUCAGGACCCUCUUGGCGUCAACUCUGGGAAGAAAAUAAUUAUAUCCAAACCUGAAGAUCUCAAAAGAGGCACAAUUCCGGACUGCAGUACGUGUAAAUUUGCUACCAUUACAUGUAAUUUGAUUCCUUCUGACAUGACCCAAGUGAAUGUUUCACUUAUCGUAUGGAAACCAACUUUUAUUAAAACACGUUUUUCUAGCUUAAAUCUUACUGUAAGGGCAGACCUUCAGAGUGAAAAUACAUCACUGAUUUUAAGUACUGGCAAUCAAAAAAGAGAGUUUGCUGUUCAAAUAUCCAAAGAUGGACUGCCGGGCAGAGUGCCAUUAUGGGUCAUCCUGUUGAGUGCUUUUGCUGGAUUAUUGCUAUUAAUGCUGCUCAUAUUAGCCCUGUGGAAGAUUGGAUUCUUCAAAAGACCACUAAAGAAGAAAAUGGAGAAAUGACGUAUUUUACAGGAGAAAAAAAUAACAGUUAUUCAAUUAUCUAUCCUCAGGUUUGCCUCAAAUAUGUGACAAGAAAUUUAAGACAUAGUCACAUAACUUUAUGUACUCCAUCAGGGAUUAAUCACUUGGAAAAUGACAAAUCAAGGAAGAUCCAAAAACAAUACCAUAAAGAUAUAUUUUAUAAAAUGAUGAAAAAUAUUUUUAAAUAAUUACUCUGUGUUAUUUAAGUAAAAUUACAAAGUGUUUUGAAGAUGAAGAAUAACGUGUACAAAUAUGUUUAUAUAUUAAAUCAGCAUCCAGAGUAUUUAAGAAAUGCAUAAAAAGAUUUUUAUGAUCAUUGAUAAAUUAAGCUUUUUCCAUUAAUUCCUGAUGGAUAUCCACAUUCAGCAUGAUAGUCAACAUUUGUAAAUGACAAGAAAGGAAUUAACCGAAAAAGAUCACUUCUCUCUAUUCAAAUGAGAAAAUUUUCCUCGAUAGAGUAUAUAUAAAAUAUGGACUGAAAAUAGAAUUAAGUCAUACAGAAUACAUUCAACAUCUUUGCGUUGGGUUCUGUACUUGGAAAGUCUUUUGUAUGUUUGUUUGCUUGUUUGUUUUUCUCCCAAAGUGUUUGGAAACAAUUGAGCUGAUGGAAAAUGAAGAUAGACUCGUUUAAAGACAGCUCACUGAAUGGAUUAAGCUUUCACAGAACAUGCUUAAUUUUGACAGGAGCCCUAGAACUCAAAACUUUCAUGCUGAAAACAGCACUUCACAGCAGUUUUGUGGGGCAUACCAGUGAUUUGUAAUGAAAAGCCCUGUUGUGUGUGGGAUAUGCUAAGAUGGUUUCUGAAUGCAACGUGACAGCAGAUGCCACAGAAACGCCCACCUCAUCUUUGCUGGGCAGUUUUUGAACGUUAGGGGUCCAGGAUAUAACCAAAAGUAGGAGUUUUCUCAACUCCUUGGCACAUGGUUCAUUGAAACCCUCAAGCUGUGAGAGUAUGUUUAUUUUUAAGUUUUUAAAGGUAUUUAAUUUUCCAAACACAUUUCUUAUUUUUAUGAAAGGCAGCAUUCUAUUAUAAUAUUGCAUUUUUACCAAGAAGCCACUGGUUUUUUAGUGUGUGGCAUAUCAGUAUUUAAAUAGAACUCCAGAAAUGUAUUUUAAAGAAUCUUAGGUUUGAAACCUUGCACCAAGAGAAAGAUAUCACACCUCUGUAUGAGCUUCUUUGCUCCUGAAGUAAUCAUUAUGGUGCAUCGGACUCUACUGUAGCACAAGCUCGUAGGUUGCUCUGCUUCUUAGGAAAAUAACAAUGGAUGAAUGUAUCAUAGCCGCAUGUGUGAACUACUGCUGUAAAAUUUGCUGAUAUUCCUACAACUCCAUCUCUCCACCUGGCUGACCAUCACAAGACCAGCACCUGCCCAGCACCUUACACAGAAAGUCCUAGACUCUACUUUUCUCCAAAGCAUCAAAUCAAGGGAGAAAUUAAAUGCCAUAGGUUUAAUUUUUAAAACUAAUUUCCAAGGAAUUCUCCGAGGACUCAGAGUCGGCUCCCUCGUGCCUGUCUGCAUCUACGUCUAAGAUCCUGAUGAUCAAAAUCAUGCACCUGGGGAGUGCCCCGGUCAUCAAUACUAGAAGAAAGGCUCAGUCCAUCCAGAGAUAUGAUAUCCUCUUGCCGGUCAUUGUUCUGAAAUGUCUACUUCGGGAAUUUCCUUCAUUCCCACAGCCUAUCUCCAGGUUCGGAAAUCAUUCUUCCUACCUGUUCUUUCUUUGCCCGACAGAACUCAGGUCUCUCUUGUUCUGAGCCACCGCAUUGCACAGCCUAUUGGCAGCUCAGCUCCAAAAUCAGCACAUUCUUAGAAUAAAUCAAACAGGUAAACUUAAAUUCACACUUGGCCUCUAGGACUGUUAAGCAUCCUGUUUCAGUGAAUGUGCACAUUUCAACCAAAUACGAUGGUAACCCGGAAGGGAAAGAUGGAAACAAUGGCAUUUUGAACUUGUUAGAAAAGAGAGGAGCAACCAUUGGGACAGAUCAAAUAGCUACGUAUAAGCCUGGCACAGUUUUUAACAGAAGUCGUUCCCAGUUUUCAAACAGAAUGUUUAAUGAACCAGAUAUCCCUUUUCCCUAGUACUAUUAUUUGUUGGGCUUUAUGUGCGUAUGUGUGUGAGCAUCUGUAUGUGUAAUGUGUAAACACACAUGUACACACACACACACACACACGAAUAGACACAAAGCAAAUACAAAAUACCUCAGUAAUACCAAAUGGCAAGGUUUGACAAAAUGACAAAAAAUAAACACAAAAGCUACACCAACAAGAAAAGUUUGAUUCAUCCAUUUUCAUUAAUUCAUUCAUUCAUUUUCAUUAAUAUUUGCACAGUUCUGCAACUAUCUAAAAGAAGUAAACGUGGAAGUUUUGACUAAAAUAAUAAAUCAACAGUACGAGUGUUCUUAAACAUAGUCAAUGAUUAAGAAAUAUACCAAACUCUAAUCAUUUUAUUCUAAAGCACUUAAUAAGAGAAGUGAGUGCUAUUUAAGACUAUGAGUUUAUGUCAAAAACUUUUUUUUACAUUGGUAUUUUAUAAAAUUGAUUAUUUCUUUCAUUGUGAACUAAAAUAUGUAUGAAGUCCCUUUCCGGAACUUAGAAUGGUAUAUUGGUAAAUUAUUCAACAACUAGCUCUCCAGGAGGAAAGAAAAUCCCUGAUUUGUAUCAUUUGCCAAUUUCCAUGAUUUAAAUAGUCUUGCCAUGGCCAUUUUCAAGCUACCAAUAUAACCCUAACCAGCUUGCAAAACUCCUGAAAAUUGAUCUGUCAGCUCCCACGAACCAGUAUAAGCUGGCUUCAGCACACCAUUGAAAUAGAUUAGAUGACAAU